CACACACACUCGGAUCAGCCAACACUAACACACACACACGUUUAAAUUGGGAACACAGGAAAUAGCGCGGUAGAUUCAGGAAAAUGUUCAUAGGCAAUUUCCAUAUGAUGCAGCACACUCGAAGGGGCACAGCUCCUGAGGGAGAUGAUCAACGAAGUCUGAGAUCCGGUUCAUAUAAAGGAUCAAUGAGGUGUUACGACUGCAGGAUGCAUUUCAUGUCCCGCACCAACAUGCUCAUCUUGGACUACAAACAGUACAAGGCAGCUCGACGUAUUCAAAAAAUAUGGCGUCGAUUCUACACCCGGAAAAACUUUGAGGACAGAAGGAAGGCGGCCAUAACCAUUCAGCGCUGGUGGCGCGGCUUCUCGGUUAGAAACAAGUACUAUAGCUUUGUGGAAAAUACUUUGCAGAAGCGGGUUGUGGAACACUACCACAAGUCAGCCACCAAGAUCCAGGCCCUGUUCCGAGGAUGGUGGAGCCGGCGCACGAUUCACGACCACAGCAAGUUGCUCAGGAUGCAGGUGUGCGCCGCCGAGGAUCUUCUCAACUGUGUCGCCUUCAAGUUGCAUCACCUACUUCGAACCUACUCGAUUCCAGGAGUCUAUUCGCUAAAGAACUCCAACUGCUUAUCGCGAAUAGAGAAACUCUUGGCCAGCUUGCACUUUCGAUUUCACAAUGGUAAGGAGAAACAGCAAAUCGCGAAAAAUAUCGCCGACAGAAAUGGGGAACGUAAAAAUUUUCAAAAAAGUGAUAAGUACAGUAAAGUUCCCUUUGAGGGGGCACGCUAUUGGAGCCAAUGCAGGCCAAAGUGCGACUUGGCCUUGAAAAUGUCCAAGGACAUUGACAAACGCAUGUACAGGAUCAUUGACAUGUACGAUGCUUCUCAGAGGGAGGCCCAUAAGGCAUUGGUAGAGAAGAAUUUAAAGCAUAAAAAACAAAAUAAGCUUUUGCGUAAUAUACAGAAGUCAGCAGAGCAUAAUAAACGAGACUUUUGCGGCGAUGUGAUUGCCAGUAUGCGUCGUUGGAAAAUUCUGGUGGAUAACAAUCUCCAUGUAGACAAAAACAUCUUUAGGAACCCGGAAAAUCUGGAAAGAUUCUUAUCGGAAAUAUCACAGCUUGUGACGGAGUUUGAAAGCUGUACCUGCUAUUGCCGUAUUCCCGUGCUAACAGAAAUCUAUUGCGGCUAAGAACGUGAACGUGAUUCGUAGUGAACAAAGUAACUGAAAUAAAAAACUGUACUAAUUUUAAA